AUGAGAAUCUUGAUCGAUGCCGGAAGCUCGGUAAAUGUGAUCUUCAGAAAUGUCCUGGCACAAAUGGAGAUCGGCGAGAGCGAAAUCAGGCUAGAGUGCAACUCUCUAACCGGUUUCAACGGAGAUCAUCUCAUGUUGGUCGGUACUAUCGACUUGCCGAUCUUUGUAGGAGGAAUGGCAAGGUAUUCCCAGUUCGCCAUCAUUGACAGGCCUACCAUCUACAAUGUCAUUCUCGGAACACCAUGGCUCCACAAGAUGAGGGAAGUCCCGUCUACGUACCAUCAGUGCGUGAAAUUCCCAACCCCAAAGGGUGUGUUUACACUGCGCGGCAACCAGCAGAGCGCGAGAACUUGCUUCCUGAUCGAACAUAAAAUUCGUACAGCAAAGAAGUUAUAG